CAGCAAACUUGUGAUUUACCUAAUCACCUCGAAAAUUGCCUGUAAAAUUGCUUCGUGUGAACACCUUUUAAGUCAUCGCGUUCGCGUGUGAAAAAACGUGAGACCACUAUUACGUAGAAAAUCUUGUAUUUUGCCCAUAUCUUGUUCUCAGUAUGAAUAAAAUGUCGAAUGUGAACUUUACAGACACUAAAAAAAAAACCAGUAAAAAUAUAUUGGGUUCUAUUUUUUUAUCCACAGCUGUAAAAUAGUUAAACACUCCAUUUGAGGGUAGGGAUUAGCUUGAAGUAUUUUAAAAGUGCCAGAUUUUUUGACUUUCAAGUAUUUACACAUUUAGCAAAACUAGACAAGCGCUAAGUACUGUUACAUAUAUAUUUUUUUAACGAAUUAUUGAUUGUAUCGAUUGGUCGGAUGAGCCUUUGUUUUGAUGUGGUAUAAGUACCGCAACGCUAAUUUAACAAUUGGAGUAUUUGGUGGUAAAAGCAUUCGAUCGUAUGAGUUUCUGAGUUGCGGCUAUUGAUUUAAAUAACGCAACAGGAUAUUAAAAUACGGUUAUAAUUUCAAUCCGUACUAACAGUAAAGGAGUACAAAUCAUAUAAAAUGGGCCUAGAAUCAUUACAACUGCCGACAUAUGAACGGAUAGCAGAACCGAUUCCAUGGACAAAAAGUUUGUUGGAUAAAUUCAACAUCAAGGUCAGCACUAUGGAUAAAUUUUGCCAAUUUCUCGGCGAGGUCAUCGGCACCGGCAUGUUGGUUUUUCUCGGCUGUACGGGAUGUGUCCAGAAUGCGAACUUUGCGAAUAGUCCCCUACAAUCGUCACUAAAUGUCGGUUUGGUUGUCAUGGUAAUUGUACACUGCUUCGGCUGCGUUUGUGGCGCGCACUUAAAUCCGGCCAUUACGUUGGCCGUCUACAUUUACGAUAUGAUCUCAUUAACUAUGUCCGGCGUCUACUUUGCCGGACAACUGUUGGGUGCUUUCCUUGGCUAUGGUCUCAUGAAGGCGCUAGUACCAGCCAACGCUAUAUCACUGGGUGGUGCGGCUCAUGGUGUCUGCGUGCCGGCGCCACAUCCCGAUAUAACUGCAAUGCAGGCUUUUUGGAUUGAAUUUAUCGCCAGUGCUAUGCUGAUUAUUACUACUUGCAGCGCAGCCGAUGCGCGAAAUAAUGCAUUUCAAGACUCAUUGCCAAUUCGUUUUGGUUUAACUGUUACUUGUCUGAGUCUAUCGGUGGGUCAACUAUCUGGCGCUAUGUGUAACCCAGUCAAAGCAUUUGCUGCUGCAGCAUGGAAUUAUGAUUUCCAGGAUCAUUGGGUGUACUGGACUGCCCCACUGAUUAGUGCUGCUGUCAGUGCCACUUUCUACAAAGUGAUUUUCAAGCGCGACUAUGUUGAGAGGAGGGUACUGCCUGAAAAGAGAUGAGCAAAGUGAAAAGGGGCUACUCUCAAAGGUCCAAUGAUUAUCUCGAAAAAUCCUAGUGCGAGAUUUAAAGGGCGAUACAUGCCGAAUAUUUUGUACAACUAUGUAAAUACAAAAUAUUUUUAGCACACUGUGGCAAUUCAUGAUUUUUUAACUUAUUGUCAAAUAUUGUAUCUUAUUUUUUAUUUCAUUUUCAACCAUUUGUUACAUUUAUUGUU